AUGGCCGACAUGCGCAGCGAAAAGCGCGAGGGCGACGACGGCGGCGAGGUCGUCAUCUUGUCGGUCGCCUUGUCCUGGAGCUCGCUCUUGGGCGCUUGGGCCUCCGCCUCCGGGCCCGGAUUGUCCUUUGAGUCGGCGGGUCCCAUGGCAGGCCCUUCCACGUUCGUUAGUAGUAUCGUAUGCAAGCCGUCACCGUUGGGGUUGAGUGUGACUGUGCGCACUGGCUGCUGCGCCGUGCGAUGCAUCUCGGCCGGAACUGGGACCCACGCAAACUUUCGUCUCUUCCCGUCUCCGCAUCUUUGCUCGUGGCGUGGACGGUGGGUUGCCAAGCACUAG